AUGAACCUAAAGAAGGCCUUAAGGCAACGAUGUAUGCUUGAUCCACAAUAUGCACAGUCUAUCAUCGACAAAUACGAUAAGGACUCUGAAUCGCAAGGGUGGUGUCGCCUCGUAUCCCUUAAACCUACAAAGCGAAAUGGCUAUAUCCAGCUAUCCUGGAAAGGUGCAAAUAAAUUUGCUGUUAUGCAGCAGGUGGUCUUAUGGGCUACAGGCCGUCAAGCUCGGGCCGGAGAGGAUGCUUCUCAUCUAUGUCAUCAAAAGCAAUGUGUGAAUGGUGACCAUGUUAUACCGGAGGCAAAGCAACUCAACCAAGUCCGUAAAGGAUGUCGAGUCUGGGUUGACUGCAACCACUGCGAGCGGAAAAUCUUUCUUUGUUGCCAUGAGCCUCCUUGUAUCAAGUACUGUGCGGGCUUUCGCGACCACCAUCAUUUCAUGAACAAUGGGAUCUGUAAGAAAGUUGUCGACGAGCCAGCUCUAGACAAUUGA